AAGUUGUAUUAUAGGUUGAGUUGAAUAUUAAGGUAGUAAGAUGAGACGUCAAGUUUGGAUCUCUAUCUCAUUGUUGAUUUAGUAUUAAAUUUCUAUGUAGUUGUUGUUUGUAGUAAUCAUCAACUCACUCAGUUGCCGUAGGUUGUCGUGAUCCAUCACAACACUUUGUCACUGAAAUUCAGAAAAAUGGCAUCAGCAAUGUUUCGUAGGAACAUCAUCACCCACUACUCCAAGUUUGCUUCUUCUUUGUCUUCGUUGCCUCGCCAUUCCUCAAUCUACAACCCUCUCUCUAUGUCUGUUUCUUCAUUUCAUAGCGAAAGUGUUGGUGGUGGUGGUGGGUUGCCAUCUUCCAUGCGUGGAGCUGUGUAUUGGGAACCGAACAAGCCGCUAACCAUCGAGGAAUUUCACAUGCCUCGCCCCAAGGCCGGUGAAGUUCUCAUCAAAACAAAGGCCUGUGGAGUAUGCCACUCUGAUCUACAUGUUAUGAAAGGUGAAAUUCCGUUUACCAGUCCUUGUGUUGUGGGGCAUGAGAUUACCGGUGAGGUUGUUGAACAUGGAGCACUCACUGACAGCAAAACCAUAGAAAGGCUUCCAGUUGGAUCUCGAGUUGUUGGGGCCUUCAUCAUGCCUUGUGGCAACUGCUCCUACUGUUCAAAGGGCCAUGAUGAUCUAUGUGAAGCUUUCUUUGCCUAUAACCGGGCAAAAGGAACCCUCUAUGAUGGUGAAACUCGACUCUUUUUUCGAAACAGUGGAAAACCAGCAUACAUGUAUAGUAUGGGAGGGCUUGCUGAAUACUGUGUUGUGCCAGCAAAUGGAGUGUCUGUGUUACCAGACUCAUUGCCAUAUACAGAGUCUGCAAUUCUAGGAUGUGCUGUUUUUACUGCUUACGGCGCUAUGGCUCAUGCAGCUCAAGUGCGUCCUGGUGAUUCUGUUGCUGUUAUUGGAACUGGAGGUGUUGGUUCUAGUUGUUUACAGAUAGCUAGAGCCUUUGGUGCCUCAGAUAUAAUUGCUGUGGAUGUACGGGAUGAAAAGCUACAGAAAGCAAAGACAUUUGGUGCUACUCACACUGUAAAUUCAGCAAAGGAAGAUCCCAUUGAAAAGAUACUUGAAAUUACUGGUGGAAAGGGUGUUGAUGUUGCUGUGGAAGCCUUGGGGAAACCACAGACAUUUGCUCAAUGUACACAAAGUGUGAAGGAUGGGGGAAAAGCUGUGAUGAUUGGACUGGCACAAGCUGGUUCUUUAGGAGAGGUGGAUAUAAAUCGGCUUGUUCGCAGAAAGAUACAAGUUAUUGGCUCCUAUGGGGGCAGGGCAAGGCAAGAUCUUCCAAAGUUAAUUAGACUGGCAGAAACAGGUAUCUUCAAUCUUGGCCAUGCUGUUUCAAGAACAUACACUUUUGAGGAGGCGGGAAAAGCAUUCCAAGAUCUCAAUGAAGGAAAAAUUGUCGGUCGAGCUGUGAUUGAGAUAAUAUAGCUCUAUAUUCCCAGAAAUGCUUUUCUGCAGCAGCAAUAGCUAUGCUUUUCACACCCCACAAGAUAUACAUGCUUUGGAGUUGCAAGGUGUUGGUACCCUGAGAACAUAAAUAAAUAGAUGUCUUCUGAUGUUUCAUUGCAGGGGCAUGUUCAAAUGAAAACUGUUUUUCUUUUUGUGCAUUUCUUUGCUUCUAACUCAUGUAAUCAGGUAGGUACACCAAGGUGAAGAAUAAUAGUCUCUGAAUGCUCAUCAUUGGCGUGUCGUAAAACUGAUGAUGAAAAUGCAGGAAAAUAACAGAAAAGCUAGAGAUGCUCCAAGAAAGUAAAUUAAAAAAAAAUGUUUCCGACAUAAAUUUAUGUG